AAAAUAAUACACAUCACCUGGCGCUGAUUUUGCUGCCGCCAACCGAGGAAGCGAGGUUCGGCGUUUACCUUUCGGUCGCUGCCCUUGAAAAAGUUGCUGGUUGUUGGCGUUGGCUUUGGUUUUGGUGUUGAGCCGACGCCGACGCUGUCGUUAUCGUCAUCGUUAUAGUCUUUACAUGUAAAAUCGCCUUUAAAUUGAACCUAACGCUUCAUUAGCUUUGGCCAUUUAGUCGAUCGUGUGCAUUCGCGCUGUCAACAAGAAAGAUCGCUAAAUAACCAACUACUCGGUAAACGGUGUUGUUCAUCCUGCCGGGCGCCGCCGACGAACGUAAAGCCAAGUUCAAACGCGCAGAAAUUGUGAAAAAAUGUGUGGUUAACGAACAAAGGAAUUUUAUUUUUACGAACACAUCAGACAUUUAAGCAUAACAAAGCCAAAAGAAUUUUUUCUCCACAGAAUUUUUUUUCCGUAAAUUUUUUAUAAAUAAAACGUCGAUUAGUAGACCACAAAUAUACAUACGGGUAUGCAUUAAGUAGAAUAAAAUAAUAAUGAAAAUAAAUAUUGCUUGUACGGAAGCAAUUAACGUUUGGAUUUCCUGAGGCUGUCAUUUCUUUAUGUUUGCUAUUUUUGCUGUUAUUGUAAUGCAAUUUGAAUUUUCUGCAACUCAGCAGUAAGUGAAAGACAAAAGAAAAAGAAGAAAACAAACCAAUUUUUUUUAAUAAAUUAUUGUAAACAAAAGUGAAAAAAGAAGAUCAAAAACGAGUGCACGCACGAAGAGAAUGUCUACCAGUGCGUCUUGAUGUUGAUCGUGCCAAUUUCAUGUAAAAAGUGCUUAAAUGUGUAAAUUGUUUUUGUCUCUUUAAUAACAUUUUUUUGUGAGCCCUCAUUUUUGUUGUGUCGUAUUUGUUUGUCUUUUUGCUCAACCAAUUUAUGCACAGAGCCAUAAUGAAAUUUUCCACUACGAGUAUUUGUUAGUGCAAUGCAUGUGCAUAACCAACUAUAAUUGUUUAGACAUGGAAAUACAUAAUUACAGACCAUUAAUUGACUUAUCAGCCCCACAGUUUUUGCAUAUGUAAGUGCAUUUGGCGUAAAAAUCGUUUACAUAUGUAUAUGAGUUUAAGCAUUUCAAGCAAAUAAUCGGCGUAUAAAGUAUUGUUGUAGCAAGUAAUAAAUUGGAUUUGUAACAUCAACUUAUUGCCUAAUUGAUUAAUUGAAGUGCGUAGAAUUCUACAUAUAUAUAAAAUUUAAACGGAAAUAAAUAACAUUUUUUAUUAAAAAAAAUCAAAUUAUAUAAAUAAACGGAUAUAGUGUGACUAGCAACUGCUUGUGAUAUACACAAAUACACACAAAUAAAGUCACAAACAUACUACAUAUGUACUAGUAUAGCAAUAAUUGCAAUAGUUACACGAAACAAACAGCUCCAAUAUAAAAGUGACGUCGUUUAAAUAUAAAAAAUCGGAUAGCGAACGCGCAUUCAAACCCAGCUAGCAUUUCAAAGAACUUCGAACGAAUACACUGAAAAAGUAAUAAAAUAAAACAUACACCCACAAAUCGUCAAAAUCGCCAACAUCAACUUUAACUCAAUACUAAAACGUCAACGCCAUUGCUAUUGAAAAUUGAAGCCAACAAAGCAGCAUAUUUAUUCUCUACCGUCAUCGUCAUCAACAUCAACAUCAACAUCAACAUCAACAUCAACAUCAACAUCAUCACUAUCGACAUAUAGUACACCGCCAACUGGCUACGAGACCGCCCCACCAAACCACUAUUGUCCAUUGUACAAUAGGCGCAAAAGUGGAAGUCGUUCGUUGUGCUCCACUAACAGGUACUUUGAAAUUACCGCACCUACGAACACAGGUCAGGUCGCAUCAUACGCAUCAACCAUGGAUUUUGAUCAGAUACUCUCUAAAUGCGGCGAUUUCAGUCGUUAUCAAUUGAUGUUGUUGAGCCUGUUCGGUGUUAUAAAUUUCAUCGUUUCACUACACUAUUUUACCCAGACUGUGAUAAGUUUUGUGCCCGAUCAUUGGUGCUACCAUGAGAAAUUAGCGAAUAAGUCAUUCGAUGAGAUAGCGGAGAUCUAUUCCAAAUUCUCCAAUCCAUCUUGUACGCGUCUGCUCGAUAUCGAUGGCCCAAAUGUGACAGUGAGUCCAGAGCGCUGCACGCGUUGGAUCUACAAAUAUGAUUACGGUUAUCGGAGCAUGAACACAGAGCUGGAUUGGGUAUGUGAGUCAUCGUACAAGGCGCGUGUUGGACAAUCCUUGUUCUUUAUAGGUUCCGUUGUGGGAACCCUCUUUUACGGUCUACUCUCGGAUAAGAUAGGUCGUUUGCCUGCUUUGAUACUUUCGAAUUUUUCGGGCUUUAUUGGGGAUUUUUCGACAAUAUUCUCGCAAAGUGUGACAACAUUUUCACUUUGUCGUUUCAUAUCCGGCAUGGCAGCAGAUACGAAUUUUUACCUCAUGUAUAUUAUCGUACUCGAAUACAUCCGUCCGUCGAUGCGUACACUUGGACUGAACUUAGCCGUCGGCGUCUUUUAUACAAUCGGUCUAGUCUUUACUCCGUGGCUGGCGGUACUUGUUGGCCAUUGGCAACUUUACUUAGCCUGCACUUCACUGCCAAUUCUAUCUAUAGUGUUGUUUUACUUUGUGGUGCAGGAGAGCGCUCAAUGGUUGGUCACAAGAAAUGAUGUGGAUGGCGCUAUAAAGCGUUUGAAACGUGUCGCCCGAUUCAAUAAACGUAAAGUAACGCCAGCGGAAUUUGAGGAAUUUCGCAAACAUUGUGAGAAGCAGCGUCAGAAGAUGGGCGGCGAUGAGCAGGUGCAUUCGACGCUUUUGGAUAUGUUUAAAACGCCACGCAUGCGAAAACAUACGCUUAUACUGUUCUUCAAAUCCAUGGUCAUCACCCUUUGCUACGAUGCUGUGUCACGUAAUGUCGAAGGCAUGGGCAUCUCGCCUUUCAUCAUGUUCUCCUUGAGCGCCAUCGCCGUACUACCGUCGAGUAUUAUUGUCAUCUUGCUGCAGGAUCGCAUUGGACGUAAAGGUAUGGCGGCUGGAUCAUUGCUUGUCGGCGGUUUAUUCACAACAAUGGCUGGCAUAGCAAUCGCCUAUCAACAACACAACCACAAUGCGAUACUAUUGGCGGCCUUAACAAUUGCGGCGCGUUUCGGUGUGGCCAUCUCUUACGAAUCAGGCUCACAAUACGCCACUGAGCUGAUACCGACCUGUGUGCGCGGGCAAGGUGUGGCAGCGGUGCAUGUAGCUGGUUUUGCGGCAUCAUUCUUAGCGCCAUAUAUCUUGUGGUUGGGUACGUUCUUCAAGGCGGCGCCAUCUAUUAUUUUGGGUGUGCUCUUCUUUACGGGUUCCUUUGUUUGCUUGCUCUUGCCCGAAACGCUGAACAGAACGCUUCCAAAGACCGUUGAGGAGGGUGAGGUAUUCGGCAAAGGUGAACGCAUGUUUGAUUUCCCAUGUAUUUCGAAGAAAGGCAAACAUUCAUGCAAUUCAGAGGAGGAAGCCUACGAGCGAAAGCAAUCGUUAACUGUUUUUGAACGUGGUGAUGAAUCGGCCGAUGAGAACCUUAACAGUGCGGCGUAAAAGUAAUGGAGCGCAUGAAUUUCGCUAGAUAUACUUACAAUAUAAUAUUUUUGUAGGCUUCCUUAGAUGUUAAGCUAUAAAUCAAAGAAAUAAUACAAACAAGCGCAAAAAGUAGAAAGAAUUUUUUUUACAGUUUAAUUUUGUUAGUAAACGUCUUUAGUUCUUAAGUACUUACUGAUAAUUUUCUAGGUGAUAGGCGGAUGUAGAAGAAAUUCGUGGAAAGCACUCAAAAUAAUAUUUGCUAGAGAUCAAUUUUUACAAAUGUAUGUAUGUACAUAUAAAGAAAAAAUAAUUUAAAAAUUUAAAAGAAUUUAGGGAAGCGAAACGGGUAUUUGGUAUAUAUGUAUAUACAAUAUAUAUAUUCUUAUACGCAAAGCUUAUAUAUAGAUAUAAAGAAAAUUAGUACUAGCUUAAACCCGUAUAUAAACUCUUAUAGAAAUCAAAUCGGCAUAAAUAAAUACAUAUACAUACAUAUAUACAAAAGGUAUAUCGUAGUACUUCAAAAGUUCACUAACCACCCUUAGCAUUGGGCACAAUUUUACUUAAGCAAGGCUUUAAGCAAGUACUGAUUUCUAUGCUGAUUUACAAAAAAAAAAACAAAAAAAAAUGCAGGCAUAUAAAAAUUUGCAAAAAAGUGAAAUUAAA